UAACAUGAAUGCGAGUGAAUGAAUGAGCAAAUGGCUUCCGUAAAAUUCAAAUAAACAAAUUCGACCACUGAGAGGAGAGGGAGCACCCACCAACUCCGCCGCCACCUCGGCCGCAACUGCCAGCCAUCCAACCACUUGGACGAAGACCCUUUUUGUCUUCCUCCGCAGGCCCCAGCUGCCUCUUUCUAAAGAAAGGAAAUAACCCCUCUCUCCUUUUCCGCUCCCACUCUUCAUUUCCCCCCGUUUCACAGUCUAUCAAGACCAAAAAAAGGUUUCUUCAAGAGCCUAAAAGUUCGAAGAUAUUUGUCUUGGGCAGUUGCUUGUUUGUGCCGUUAACUCAACCAAUUCGAUUUCCCCCAAUACUCCAUUUUCGCUUGGGUUGAAGUUUCGGAGGUUCUGGGUUUGGGCGGCUAGUCGAGGCGAGGGCAGGCUCGCCAAUGGAGAUUGCAUUCGAGUCCUCAAUUCUGGGCCGACCCGUGUCCGUUUCAGGGACAAAGGUCUCAUCUUUGCUGCGUUACAAUCGGAUUUCAAAGCUACCGUGCAAUGUCUCUCCCAAGAAUUAUCACUACCCGGCUCCGCUUUCCUCAAAUUUUGUCAAGCCGUGCAGUUGCGGAACUGCUUUGAGUAAUUCAAGUGUUCAGAGAACCCGCGUGUUUGAUAGAGUGAUAGCUAGUUCGAGCUUGCUAGGGAAAAAUGGUGGAGACAGGGUUACCGAAGGUAAUGUUGCCCCGGAUGUGAACUUGGAAACGAUCAUGGUGCUCUUGAAAAGGGGUGUUGUUUUGGGCGCAAUGGUCUGUGGGAUAGUGAUGUUUGGAUACAAACGGGUGUUUGCGGCUGAAGGAGUGGCGAAUCCGGGCUAUGGAGUUAGUGGGCAAAAUAUUUUGUUGCUGAGGAACUCUUGGCCUAGGCUGCAGAUGCUCCUUACUGUUAUCAAAGAGCAGGGUUUGAUAUUGGCUGCACUUUUGGGUUUAUCUGCAUUUUUCUCUAUGGCUGAGACUUCCAUAACCACGCUGUGGCCAUGGAAGGUACGUGAACUGGCAGAAAAAGAGACCGAUGAUGGCGGUGUCUUCAAACUGCUUCGCAAAGAUGUCACUCGUUUUCUGACCACUAUUCUUAUAGGCACAACUGUUGUCAAUAUUGCGGCCACUGCACUGGUCACUGAGGCAGCCACAACGAUAUUUGGCGAAGCUGGUGUCAGCGCGGCCACUGGAGUGAUGACUGUGGCUAUAUUGCUGCUCACUGAGAUUACUCCCAAGAGUAUAGCCGUUCAUAAUGCCACAGAGGUUGUUAGGUUUGUGGUCAGGCCAGUGGCUUGGCUUUCACUGAUUCUCUAUCCUGUGGGCAGAGUUGUCACUUACUUGUCAAUGGGAAUGCUGAAAAUGCUUGGUUUGAAAGGGAUAAGUAAUUUUGUGAUAAUGUUCAGCGAACCAUAUGUGACUGAGGAUGAGCUAAAGCUGAUGCUGCGAGGUGCAGAACUAAGUGGAGCAAUAGAGGAGGAAGAGCAGGAUAUGAUUGAGAAUGUGCUGGAGAUUAAAGAUACACAUGUAAGAGAAGUGAUGACGCCUCUUGUUGAUGUUGUUGCAAUUGAUGCAAGUGCAACACUCAUUGAUUUUCAUGAAAUGUGGGUGACACAUCAAUAUUCAAGGGUACCUGUUUUUGAACAGCGUGUGGACAACAUUGUGGGUAUUGCCUAUGCAAUGGAUCUGCUGGAUUAUGUGCAGAAGGGUGAGCUACUAGAAAGCACCAUCGUGGGGGACAUGGCUCACAAACCUGCAUAUUUUGUACCAGAUUCAAUGUCCGUCUGGAAUCUUCUCAGAGAAUUCCGGAUCAGGAAGGUUCACAUGGCUGUUGUCCUUAAUGAAUAUGGCGGUACUGUUGGAUUGGUAACCCUUGAAGAUGUUGUUGAAGAGAUUGUUGGUGAGAUCUUUGAUGAAAAUGAUUCAAAGGAGGAGAUACAGAAGAAAACUGGAUAUAUAGUAAUGCGAGCAGAGGGAGUGUACGAUGUUGAUGCUAAUACAUCAAUUGAUCAACUCUCUGAAGAUCUAAACAUCAAAAUGUCAGAGGGUCAUCAGUAUGAGACAGUAUCAGGUUUUAUAUGUGAAGCAUUUGGAUACAUCCCAAGGACAGGUGAGAGCAUCAAAGUGGUUCUUGACAAGUCGAAUGAAGAAGAUGAGGAUACGGAGGGCAAGUCUGAAAGAGAACUGAAUGAGAAGCAUCUAAUAUACAAGCUUGAGAUAUUAGCAGGAAAUGCGCGAAAAGUCGGUGCAGUUCGGUUUGAAAGGAUACACAAUAGCGAGGAGGCUGUGGAGGCCAAAGAAGUAGGUCGCAUGAUUCCAAAGUUCAGGAAGAGGAAGUGGAGCAGCAGCGGAGAAGAGUCUGAUUACGAGGAGGAUUCGUUACAAGUGAGACCUGUGCAUGCUCUUUCCGAUUCCAAUGUAAUGGCUGAACGUGAAGAAGAAGAAGAAGAAGAAGAAGAAGAUGAUGAUGAUGAUCAUGCUGAGAAUCCCAGUAGACAUUAGAAAUUAGAUAACUAUCCUCUCUUUCUGCCCCCUCCAUGUUUCUUAUAUUUCUUGGGGUUGAGGUUUCUUUUUUGUGCGCUGGUUUUUACAGUUCCCAGUGAAAAAGGCCACUAAAGAAAAACACACUUUAGAAACACCAGCAGCAGGAAACAAAGACAAAUGCAGAGGAACUCUAAUUGUAAAAAAAAAAAAAAAAGUUUUCAGAGAUGAAGAGAGGUAUCAACUUCUGAUUCAUCAAAGUAGUUGUAUUGAGUUUGCAUCAUCAGGAGAUUUGCAGAGCGCAGAUUUGCCAAAUCUGGGAUCUCUCUGACUUGAAGAUCAAAGUGACAUUGUCCCUUCAUUGGUUUCUGAGAUGAAAUCAAUAGCUGCUGCUUAGAUGGAAAGAGAAGCUCAGGGUGAGAAAAGUUGUUCGGUGGCUCGUAAACAACCGUGGCGGUGGCUACUGGUUUCACCUGCUGCUCUGCUUCAGCGAAGAACCUGAAGAGCUCACGUUGUUGCCUCAUCUCCCUGGCUCGCUCUAGCUGCCGGAACCUUUCCUGGAGCAAGGCAAUGGAAGAAGAGUGCAUGAUUGUUGCAGUGGGUUCAUAUCUCUGCUGCCUGUCCAUUGAAUGAACUGUGAUAUGGGUUUGGUGCAAGAAUGAUUGAUUGAUUGAUGGCAGAAACAAAGGGCAUGACAGGGUGAUAAUUGGGUUUGAUCAGUGGUGGUGUUGGAUUCUGAAUGACGUAUGAGAGAGGUGGAGGGGAAAAGCAGAUUCGGCAGCCGAGUCACUAAGUCCAAAGAGGAAAAGCCAUGGAUGAAUGUGGCUAACCUCAAAGAAAGGAAGAAAGAAAGGAAGAGGGAAGCCAGCAAAGUUUGGUGGAUGCGGGAAAGUGGCAGAUGGACUUUCUUUCUUUCAUUGCUUGAAUUACAAGGUAAAAAAAUAAAAAUAAGAAGCAGUCCAAGGAAAGGAAUAAUGGAAUGUAGCAGUUGGAAGGGCAUUAGGAGUGGGAAUCAAAAGGGUAUGUUGGGCGAGUUCUACUGUCGGCUUUUGUGUCCACAAGAUAGAGGUUCCUCCGGACCUCCCCUCGUUUCUUGGGGUCUCUCUUCUUUUCAUCCAUCUUGUAGUUCAUUUCAUUUUUUGUUUUUUUUUUACAGCAAGAAGUAAAAAUAUUUACUGUUUUCACUUUAGCUAUGCAAAACUCUCUUUUGCAAGUCUUAUUAGUGGGAGGGUCUGGCUACUAAGAGGAACUUGUGAGACCUCGUUGGAACAUUCGUUCGGUUAUUUCUUUCUCUUUUAAGCGAUGGAUGUCCUCUCUCUCGAGAAUGUGACAGAAAUAUAAACGAGUAUUUUCAGUAUUAUUUCGAGUGCUUGAAGAUAUAACUCGGAAUUCGAAUUUUG